CUCGCACGCCGUGGCAUGGAAGUUGCCGCCGCCGCCGCCGCGGCAUCCGGUGGGGCCGUCGCCCGCGCUGGGGGCGGGGGAGGAGGAGGGGGAGGGGGAGGCCCCGCGCCGUUCCUGAUCAAGACGUACGACAUGGUGGACGACCCGUCGACGGACGCGGUGGUGUCGUGGAGCGACGCCUCCGACGCGAGCUUCGUGGUGUGGAACCACCCGGAGUUCGCCGCGCGCCUGCUGCCCGCCUACUUCAAGCACAGCAACUUCUCCAGCUUCAUCCGCCAGCUCAACACCUACGGAUUUCGUAAGAUAGAUCCAGAGCGAUGGGAAUUCGCCAAUGAGUACUUCAUCAAGGGACAAAAGCAUCUGCUGAAAAAUAUCCACAGGCGCAAGCCUAUCCACAGCCAUAGCCAUCCACCAGGUGCCCUGCCUGAUAAUGAGCGUGCAAUAUUUGAGGAUGAGAUUGAACAACUUUCUCGCGAAAAAACUGCCCUCCAAUCUGACAUCUUCAAAUUCAAGCAGCAGCAGUCAGGGGCGAUGAUGCAAAUUGAAGAUCUUGAGCGACGAGUGCUUGACAUGGAGCAGAGGCAGAUCAAGAUGAUUACCUUCUUGCAACAGGCUAGUAAGAACCCUCAGUUUGUCAACAAACUUGUUAAGAUGGCAGAGGCAUCUUCGAUUUUCACAGAUGCUUUUCAUAAGAAAAGAAGGCUACCUGGGUUGGAUUACAGUACCGAUAACACACAAACUACCAGCUUUUAUGAUGACCAUAGCAGCACUUCUAAGCAAGAAACGGGAAAUCUUUUAAAUCAACACUUCUCUGAUAAGCUUAGGUUGGGACUUUGUCCUGCCAUGACAGAGAGCAAUAUCAUCACACUAAGUACACAAAGUUCAAAUGAAGAUAAUGGAAGCCCUCCUGGCAAGCAUCCAGAGUGUAACAGGAUGGAGAGGGAAUGUCUCCCACUGGUGCCACAGAUGAUGGAGCUCUCGGAUACCGGCACAUCUAUCUGCCCCUCCAAGAGUUCUUGCUUUGCACUACCUAUAAAUGAUGAAGGUCUCUUGACAUGCCAUCUGAGUCUAACUCUUGCAUCAUGCUCGAUGGAUGUCGACAACAGCCAAGUCCACGAUGCAAAUGGGAGCGCUAUAGACCAUGGGCGAGACAAUCCAACAGAGCCAGCCACAGCCACCAUGGAGAAGGAUGACGCCAUUGAUGACAGACGCUUCGGUGACAUCCAAAAUACAUCCGUUGAUGAUGGUACAGCAGUUGCAACAACACCACGAGGGGAUGCAAGAGGUGCCAAUGAGGCUCCUGCAGCUCCAGCUGCAGUAGUGAACGACAAGUUCUGGGAGCAGUUCCUAACUGAGAGACCUGGCUGCUCUGAAACAGAAGAAGCAAGCUCUGGCCUAAGGACAGAUCCUUCCAGGGAGCAAAUGGAAGAAAACAGGCAGGCGUAUGAUCACUCGCGGGGUAACAGAGAAGACGUGGAGCAACUGAAACUUUGAUUUAUUAUAGAAUUUAAGUUCGAUUUCUAAAAAGGGAUACAUGCGUACAGUGUAAGAUGUUAGAAUCAGGAAUCUCCUAUUAAACAUUACAUCAAUGGGUGUACAACAUCACACAGGUGUACAUAUUUUUUUCCCCUGAAGAUCUCGGAGGGUUAAGAUUAACAGUUCGAUUAACCACACCAGUUGU